GGAAAAAGGAAGAGAGUGGUGGGAGGGAGAGAGAGAGAUGAACGAUUCCAAAAUUUGGUGGUGUCCGACGCUACAACGGAGGUUUUUUUGGAUCUUCAGAACCGAAAGCGGUUUUGGUAACAGAAAAUUACUUAUUAUUGUCCAUCAAUAUCGAAUCGGAUUUCAAGAUCCGUGGCGAAAAGAAUAUUGUAGACUUCUGAUGGUUCUGAACCCUCGCAGUGGGAGGUAGAUUCUAUUGUUCUUCUCAUAAUCUUCUUCGGCACAUAAAAAUUUUCAGUUUUUACUAGGAAGAUGUUUGGUGGCGAUAAUGGUAAUACUGUCUUCCCUAGUUUCCUCGAGGACAACUGCUUCCAGUAUGACUGCAGUGCAGCUGAUGCCUCAACUCAGUUACAGUUGUUUGGGAACCUACCAGCUGGUUGUAGUGUUGAUCCAGUGAGCUGUGUUGGAAAUGAAAAUAUCACUCCUACGACGCGGCCAGCCAAACGAGGCAGGGAGGGAGAAGAUAUUCUAAGGCAGCAGAGGCUUCAAAUCUCCCUAAACACUAACUUUGUUCAAGAUGAGGCUGACCAGUCUCCUAGUUUUCCUAACCCAAACCCUGUAUCAACCGGGCUGAGGUUGUCAUACGAUGAUGAUGAAAGGAACUCCACUGUUACUUCCGCAAGUGGAAGUAUGGCAGCAGCCCUACCUGCCAUCUUAUCCCUUUGUGACAAUCUCCGAACUGAGAUCGAUAGGCAGACGGAGGAGUUCGACCACUAUAUUAGAGUUCAGGAACAACACCUUGCAAAAGGAGUAAGGGAUAUGAAGCAGAGACACGUGGCUUUGUUCCUGAGUAGAAUAGAGAAAGGAAUUGGCCGGAAGCUACGGGAGAAGGAGCUUGAGAUAGAGAACAUGAAUCAGAAAAACAGGGAAUUGAUUGAGAGAAUAAAGCAUGUGGCCAUGGAGGCGCAGUCCUGGCACUACAGGGCCAAGUACAAUGAGUCAGUGGUCAAUGUCUUGAAGGGCAACCUCAAGCAGGCCAUUGCAAAGGGUGCCGAUCAAGUGAAGGAAGGCUGUGGAGACAGUGAAGUAGAUGAUGCAGCCUCGUACAUCGAGUACAAUAACAGACCAGGUGUUCCAGGUGGGCUGGGUAACCCAGUCUCUAGAAACCGAGGAUUGAAGGAGCAGAUGAUUUGCAGAGCAUGCAAGUGCAAGGAGGUAUCCAUCUUGUUGUGGCCUUGUAGACAUCUUUGCUUAUGCAAGGAUUGCGAAGGGUUUAUCAAUGUCUGCCCUGUGUGCCAGUCCGUGAAGACCUCAGGUGUUCAGGUAUAUAUGUCCUGAGGAUGUAUCAAUAAUAUGUAGAAUUUCCAGAAGAAGAAAAAGAUUUAUUCAGAAGGAGUUUCUUUUUCUUUUGUUCUGGAGUUUGUGACUUCUAUCCAUGAAAGUGAAUUAUGUGGAGGAAUCACUUUGCGUUUCCAUGUAUUUUUAGCUUUGUCAAGGCAUAUCCACUUUAGUUUUGGACGUUGUUUCCAUUCAAUCCUAACUCCAUGGUUGAAGUGUAGAAGUUCUUGACAAGUCGGGCCUCCCAUCUGACACUCUGGAUGUGGUAACCGUUUCACAUAUUAUUGUACAAGAAAACAAAUAUCAUGCCCGUGAGCUGUAUGCAAAAUUAGAAAAUCCAUGAAGUACAGGUGAUGUUAUCCGUCUCCAA